AUGGCGCCCAAGAGUCGUACCUACCAAGUCUCAGCAACCCCAGUUGCCAUAAUCGCGCAUUUGUUACUUAUCGCUAUCACAACCCUUCUCAUUGUUUUUCUUGUACACUUCCGCGAGGGCUUUGCUUUCAACUCUUCCAUCAAAGCGAAAAUUUUCAAUCUUCAUCCAUUUUUCAUGGUGAUCGGGUUUAUUUUGAUCGGAGGAGAAGCUAUCAUGGCAUACAAGACAAUCCCAGGAAAAAGGGAUACACAAAAAGUGGUUCACAUGAUUUUGCAUCUGUUAGCCCUGGUAUCUGUAUCUUUGGGGCUGUAUGUAAUCAUCAAGUACAAAAAUGAAGUGGGAGAGGUAGAUUUCAUUUCAUUACACUCCUGGUUGGGCAUAAUCACCAUCUCUUUAUUUGGUCUUCAGUGGCUGUUAGGUUUCGUUAUUUUCAUCUUUCCUGGUUCAGAAAUGUCAAGAAGGGCAUCAUUUAAACCAUGGCACACUUUCUUAGGGAUGGUCAUUUUUCUGUUAGCAGUAUGCACUGCUGAGAUGGGGCUCAACUACUUCAUACUAGGGAACAACCGACAAGGACUUAUAGUCAACUUCACUGGCCUUUUGAUUUUCUUGUUUGCCGCCGCAGUCUCCCUGACUGUACUCCUCCCCCGAAUAUACUAA